AACGCCACUGUCAUGACAACUCAAGUUUAAUGGAUGCCGUUCCCUGAGAAAUGCUGAACCCCACGGAUGAAAAAGAGCCACGUCAGAGGCAGUGCGCAAGCAGAACUCAAGAAGGCAGACGUGGCAAGAUUGGUGUGUUUGUGUGUGUAUGUGUUUUGGCAUCCUUCGACAUAGCCUAGGUCCGUAAAGAUUCUCUCGCUCACCAGCAUGUCAACGAAUCUGAGCUUCGCACGUUUGUUUUGUGUCAAAAGCUCCGCACGACACAUGGCGAGACCAGGAACACUUACGACCUACGACUGGCACCUGAAUUUCAUGGCACCUGCCGUGGGCGAAGAUGCAAAAUUGGCCACAUCAACCUUGUAUGAAGAGAAUGUGCAUUUUGGCACUCAUUUGGAGGUCUGGGGUAGCUGGUACGACAUGGAGAAGAGAUGCUGGGGUUAUGCCUGCUGCAGGGUGACCAGGCAGCAACAGAGGCGCUGCCCAAAGACGGCACCAUAUGCAGAAGGCGAAGAGGAGGAGGAGGAGGACAUGGAGGUGAAGGUGAGCCGUCGAAUGGCGGAGCUCUUGGAGAAGAAUCCCUCAUUCACCGGGGACGUGCCCACGCCCGACCAGGCAACUUCAAUGCCGAGAUGGGCAUCACACGUACGAGCAAGGGCUCACCUGCCUCGACAUCAAACCGAGACCGUUGCUGGGAAGGAGAAGGACUGGAGCGAUGCCGAGCUGAAGAACUUCAUCCACAGCAAUGGGCUCAUCAGACCGGCCAGGACAAAGGGCCAGCAAAAGCCGGAGCCAACUGCGGCUGAUUGGAAGGUCUUGGAGUUGGAACCUGGGGCUGAUCCUGCCCAGCUGAAGAAGGCCUACCGACGCUUGGCCUUGCUCUACCACCCCGACAAGCAGAGAAAUGAAAAGGACAAGGCCUCCGCAACGGAGAAGUUUCGCAAGGUGGUGGAGGCCUACGAGGCCAUUGCCGGACAUGUGGCAGAGAUCCCUGCAGUGGCCGCGACAGAAGGCGUGCGAAAGCGGCGCUGGCGCAUCGUCAUAGUGGAAUGAAUCCGCGAGAAAAAGAGAUGCUUUCAACUUUCAGCUGCUUGGAUCUGCGAAACACAUCCGAAUGAUUUGUUUCCCGAAUAGUUUUGCACUUCCCGAAUAGCUUUGCACUCUUCGAAUCCAGCUC